AUGCAAUACACGAAGAUGAAUCAUCAGUCACUUAUUAAUUGUUUUAAACGUGCUAUAGAACCAAAUUUUUCAAGUAACCUGAAGAAAUCAUCACACCAAUCCAAUAGUAGUACAGGAGAACAGAGUCAAGAUGACAUUUCAGAUAUGUCUCAUUCACCAAGGAUGGUUGACAUUACAUCUAAAGUUAUUAAACAGUAUAACGAGAAUAACAGCAAGCAUAAUAUGUUUACAACAGUACGUUCAGCAAAAGCAGAAGCCUACAUAUGUAUUGAUGAUUAUUUGAAGCAGUUUAUCCAUGCUCAGUGUAUUUCAGACAACAAUUCCGAUAUCAUUGUGAGUAAUAACAAUCAUAAUGGUGAUAGUAAUGAUGAUAAUCAUAGUGAAGAAUUGUAUGAACUAUUAACGCCUAAAGGUGAUGUAUUUACGGUAGCUCGUUUGGCUGGAAUACAAGCUGCUAAACAAACGUCAACUAUUAUACCUUUAUGCCACCAAGUGCCUUUAUCACAUGUAUCAGUGAAUAUUGGUUAUCGAUUAGGAAAGAUUCAUAUACAAUCACAAGCUAAGGCAAUUGGUCAAGCUACAGGUGUUGAAAUGGAGGCGUUAACAGCUGUUUCAGUUGCUGCAUUAACAGUGUAUGAUAUGCUGAAACCAUUACAAAAAGGUCCAAUCAUAAUUGAAAAAAUUGAGCUGUUAGAAAAACUUGGUGGAUCAAAAGGUUCUUAUAAGAAGCUUGCACCAAAACAAGAAUAA